AUGAAACAAAUUGUGAAACAUAAUUCAAUGGCUUUAGUUGAUGCAGUACUACAUCAUAGGUUUCUUUUGUUGUCUCAUUUAACUCUGCUACUGCUACCUAUCUUAACUAGCAAAGGAAGUGGACACAGUGAUGAUUGUCCAGACCCAUUUGAUUGUGGCUAUCUUGGGUUUAUUCUCUACCCUUUUACCAAGGUCGGAUUCCCAAACUGUGGUGCAUUGGCAAUUCAAGGUUGUGAUGAUCCUAACAAAACUGCAAUGAAGACCGUCAAAUUAACCCAAGGAGGGAAACCUUUUCAAGUUACAAACAUUGUUAAUUGCUUGUCUAAGGGAAACUCUAUUUCCAUUAUUGACCAGAACUUCACCAACCUUUUGAUGAAAAGUUCUUGUGAAGUCUUCACCAAUGUUAAUAUUACCCUCCCUCCUUCCUCUCCUUUUGGAACUUUUUAUUUGAAAGACAAUAUAACUGCUUUCAAAUGCAAACGUACCCAAAAAUUAGUCACCAACCCUCCAAACAAUUUCUUCAAAAAUAGUUCUUGUCCCAACUAUGAUUUUUAUUUUGGUGAUUCAAUAUCCGAUGGUGAGUCUAAUCGCUCUUUCACGUCGUGCUCGUUGUUUCAUCUUCCUGUCAUUCAAUUAGGCUUUGCACUUUCUGGUAACCCAUAUCCGUUAUUAGCUCAUGAAAUUACCUAUCAAUUUCAACCUUCUGAUGACUGUGAACGGUGUUACCGUGAUACAAAUGGUCAUUGUCGUGCUCACAACAACGGACAAAUUUAUUGCCCAGGGAAGGGUAGAAGUUCAACUUGGAAGCUACAAUUGAUUAUAGCUGUCGUGGUCGUGGUAACUAUUGGAGUUGGAGGGCUUAUGUUAUUGGCAUAUUGCAUUAGGAAAAAGAUCACCCCUCCAGCAUUUCUUUUAUUCAGGGAGAAGAGUUCAACCAAUCAAAUUAUUGAAGAUUUUUUGAAAGAACAUGGACACCUUCCGGCAGCAAGGUAUAGUUAUUCAGAUGUCAAGAAAAUAACAAACUCUUUUAGAAACAAAUUAGGCCAAGGAGGGUUUGGAAGUGUAUACAAAGGGAAGUUACAUGAUGAAUGUGUUGUUGCAGUGAAGGUUUUAAGUGAAUCAAAAGGUGAUGGUGAAGAUUUUAUUAAUGAAGUUGCAAGUAUCAGUAGAACUUCGCAUGUCAACAUUGUUAGACUUUUGGGAUUCUGUUUGGAUGGUUCUAAAAAGGCACUAAUAUAUGAAUUCAUGUCUAAUGGAUCUCUUGAGAAGUUCAUAUAUGAGGAGAAAAAUCCAUUGAAGGAUGAUCACCAAUUGGAUUGCAAAAUACUUUAUGAUAUUGCAGUUGGCGUUGCUCGAGGACUAGAGUACUUGCAUAGAGGUUGCAACACUAGAAUCUUACAUUUCGACAUAAAACCUCAUAAUAUAUUACUUGAUGAGGAUCUCUGUCCGAAAAUUUCAGAUUUUGGACUUGCUAAAAUAUGUCUAAAAAAUGAAAGCAUUGUAUCUAUAUUUGGUGCAAGGGGAACACCAGGAUAUAUUGCUCCAGAGUUGUUCUCCAGAAAUUUUGGUGGGGUGUCACAUAAAUCAGAUGUCUAUAGUUAUGGAAUGAUGGUUUUAGAAAUGGUUAGUCAAAGAAAGAACAUUAAAGUUGAAGUGGAUUGUUCUAGUGAGUUAUAUUUUCCACACUGGAUUUAUAAACGUCUUGAAUUGAAUCAGGAUCUUGUACUUAAGUGUGUUAAAAAUGAAAUUGAUGAAGAAAUAGUAAGAAAAAUGACAAUGGUGAGUUUAUGGUGCAUACAAACUGACCCUUCAAAUCGACCAUCAAUGCGUAAAGUGGUGGAAAUGUUGGAAGGGAGCCUCCAAGUGCUAGAGAUACCGCCCAAACCCUUUUUGUCUUCUCCUACAACAUCUUCGAUCCAAAUAUCAUCUGAAAUAUUGUAA